AUGCUCAAGAUCCCCACUGACUCGUUGGCUGUCUCUAGCUUAUUCAUUUGGUAUACGCUGCUCACCCCCUUUUUCCGAUGCCCGUCGCGUCUCGCCGACUUAACCGACACCUCGCCGCAAGUCUGCAAGCCUUAUCUGAUUGCUCGGUCGCACGUGGAUCCUUAUGUCACACCAUAUUACGACACAUACGCCGCACCAUAUGUUGACCAGGCCCGCCCCUAUGUGGAGAUUUUCAACGAGCAGGUUUAUGCGCCUGCAUCCAAGGUUGCGAAGUCCGGUUACGAAAAGUAUGGAGCCCCCGCAUGGCAGCAGGUUCAAGUCUAUGGAGCCGCGCAAUGGGACGCCCAGGUCACGCCCCGCUUGGAAGCCGCCCAGCAGAAAGCGUAUCAACUAUAUGCGGCGGAGAUAGAUCCAUAUGUUCAACAAGGUGUCGCCGCGGUUUCGCCUUACUACCAAAAAGCCAGCAGUGUUGCGACCACCGUCUACUGGAAUCACUUCGUGCCUUUCUAUACUCGUUCCCAGCCCUUCAUCGGCAAGACCUACACUGUUGGCCAGGAUCUACUGAUCACCCACGUCGUCCCUGGCGCUCAGUAUACAUGGUCCUCUGCAGUCUAUUUCGCGAAUAGCUCUUUAUGGCCACAUCUCACAGGUCUAUACUCUGAGCAAGUUGAGCCCCAGCUUGUCAAGAUUGGCCAGCGUCUGGCCAGCUACCGCGAAGGUAAACGCCUCCGGGCAGUCGUUGAAGAUGUGGAUAGCGCUUCCAUGGAGAAGCCUGUCUCUUCGAUCAUUCCCAGCUCCCACGUACCGCUUCGCCCCUCAAACAGCGUGUCUACAACUACCACCGCAACUGUCACCACUACCAAGGAAACCCCGACUGUCCAGCCCACUCUUUCGCCAGAGGAAGUUGCCCAGGAAGCCCGCAAGCGGAUUGACUCUGACCUCGAAAGAUGGCAGGAAAAGUUUGCGCUCGCUGCCGACAGAGGAGUGGAGGAUAUGGAGCAGCGCAUCGAGGAAAUCGUCCAAGCUCUAAUUGCUAGCAGUGCUAAUAGCCACGGCCAAAGUCUCUCAACAGCUCUCCAGACUGUGGCGUCGGAGAAGGUUUCCUCCAUAAAGCAACGGAUCAAUGACCUUGCGGCCUCACUACCUGAGGUAGAUGCCCCUGAAGAGGAACAGGUCGCCCGUGACCAGCUUGUUACUGAUAUCCGUACCUCUGCCAUCUCUGUUAGAGACCGCGCCCACACCCUCCGCGAGUGGUCGGUGUCCUUUGAGGAGGAGCUCCUGCGCAGGGUUUCCGCUGCAGUGGAUUCGACUCUUGAUGUCCUUGACAACAUUCGCGACCUCGGCCUUCAAGAGAUUGGUAUGCGAUGGGCCUGGAUGGACAAUGUUACCUAUAAGGACUGGGCCAGAUACCACGCUCUCAAGGCCCAGAUCGACGACUGGCGCAAUGAGAUCCGAAAGAUCGGCAUGAAUCACCAAUCGGUCGCCAACGCGAAGGCUGUGGCCUCUGAAAUCGUAGAGAGCGGCAUGUAUGUUGCCGAGGAGACUGCCAAAGAACUGAUCAGAUUGAAGGAUGUCGGUCAUUGGAAAAUUGCCGCUCGGGAGGUUGGCGACAACUUUGAGAGUAGAACCGAGUCUCCUCCAGCCCUGCCUCAGCCACAAGUGGAGGAGCCCGAAGAGUCUGAGGACUCUGAGGAGGCCAAGAGUGGCGAGGCUGUCGAGGACAUUCCCGAAACAGAUGAAUCGGCUCCUGGCACCGAGUCGGAUGCCUCCAUCGAAGAUGACCAGGAGGAUGUGACUGCUGAUUCCAAGCCCGUUUCGACAUUUGACGACGAGGUGACUGAUGCAGAGGCGACUGAAGCGGAAGAUGACGAGUCAACCUUGAAUGAUGAUUAUGAGAACCUACGAGCGUCCGGAAAACCAGCUUUUGGCGUUGCUGCCGCGAAUGCCAAUACCCGACGAGAGCCUAUCAUUGACCAGGAUGAUCAGGAUGUUUUCCGUAACUUCGCCAGCAAAGCCGGUGAUGUUUAUGAAGAUGCGAGCUCUGCUCUUGCAGACUCGACCUCCCAGGCAAGGGUGCUUUACGAAAUCGCCAAGUCCCAGGUGAUCGGACAAAUGUCUCAAUCCAGCGCUCCUGCGCAUGAGCAGGUUCUUUCUUCCAUCGAGUCCGCCUACUCUGGUGCGGUGGAAUAUGCUACCAAGGAGUUUGAGUCAAGGCUAGGUGGUGUUGCAGCUACUCCCACACCAUCCGGACCCAUCGCCCACAUCUCAUCCGUUGCCUCGUCGCGCCUCAGUGAGGGUCUCAGCCUCGCUUCCCAACAGCUCGCCCAGGUCCGUCAGGUUGAGCCCACCUCCACUUCCAACGGUGUUCAGCCAUUUGUUCUGGAUGCCCAGCGCCGCUACUAUGAAGCUGUCGGUCUGGCUCACGAUCACUACACUGCUUUCGUUUCAACAGCAUCCGAGGCUGUCUAUGGCACCCCGACCCCCACCCCUGCUCCUUUGGUAUUCCAAGACAUCAUCGAUGGGGCUGGAUCCCAGUAUUCACAGGCUUCUUCCCUUGCCUCUGCCAGUCUUGCUGCGGUAGUGGCUUCUGCAAGCUCCAUCAUCUCAUCUGCUGAUGACGGCAAGGCCCAGGGCAUCAUCGACGAUGCUUCUUCCCGAUAUCACGCAGCUCUUUCCGCCGCUUCUUCCUCGCUAUCUAUUGCGUCUGCUUCUGCCAGCUCCGCCCUGUACGGUACCACUCCUGGAGCUCUCGAGUCCCUUUCCAGCCAGGCAUCUGAGAAUUGGGAAGGACUCGUGUCCAAGGCCAGUGAACAGAUCUAUGGUACACCAGAACCGUAUUUCCAGCAGGUUGUUCCCCAGUUUGACGCCGUCAAGGACGUCAUCUCCGAGCUUCUUGUUGGCAAGCAGCCUUCCUUCACCGAGAGCGUCUUGAGCAAACUCCGCGUUGCCUACGAGACCCCCUACCCAGCAGCUGCAGUGUCCUCUGUCUCCAGCUACGUGGGCGAAGUUUACGAAUCCGCCUCCUCUGUCGCGGAGGCCUAUGCCACCAAUGUCCCCAGCGUGGAGGAUGUAGUGGAACAGGCCAAUGAACAAUUAAGUGAUGCCGUUGAGGCUGCAGCUAAUGCCUACUCCACGGCUUCCAGCCACGUCAGCGAAGCCGUCUACGGAAAGGAGUCUGGCUAUGUUGACGUUGCCAAGGAUGCCAUCGAGGACAUCCAGUCCAAGGCCAGCGCCGCAAUCUACGGCGAAGAGCCCGGCGUUGUGGAGAGCGCGACUAGCCGCAUUGCCGAAGCUGUGCAGCAUGCUCAGUCCCAGGUCGCGGGCAUUGCUUCCAGCGCCAGCAGCGCUGCUUCAGACGCGGCCGAGACCGUCGUAUCCCACAUCGAGGAUACCACUAGUAGCAUCAAGGCUGCGGCUUCUUCUAGCAAAGAUGAGCUGUGA